UCUCUCCACUCGUCACCUCUAUUAUGCAAAGCAACCAGAGUAAUUGCAGCACUGGCACAGUCGUUGACCGCUCGCCCAUUAGAACACGCCUUCUUCCGACGCGUCUUGCAGCAUCUUCAUGGUGAAACACCACAUUUGGGCAGCGUCGACUUGUUCAGAAACUCCAGUCUUACCGCAACUCGCGUAGGAGGUCAAUCAGGAUACGUUCGGAAAGUAGCAGAAAAGGAGAUAAAUAUGGCAACGAAAUGUGGGAGAUCACGGCAGACCAUAGAGAAAGGACAGCCGAGUCGGCAGGUGGAGGACGCGAUGGUGGUAGACAAAACCAACAGCAUGUUUCACGAAUGUUGGUUUCCAGCUUCACUCUGACGAUUCGAACUGAACAUCGUUUAGCGCGCGCUGCAGCGGUGGUCAACGGUUUUCUGCGAGCGGGUCGUGCCGAAAAUUGAUUUCCCACGCGAUAUUGGCGCAAGCGACACCAUCAAAAGUCGUAACUCUCCUCGCUUGACAGUCGUCCACGACGAGCAGCACAGCUCAGCCAUUCUUUUGCUUUGUAUCUAACCGACGAUGCGGUCUCCUACUGGGCGCAUCUCUACAGUCCUUCCACUUGCCGUCCUAAUAUCACUCUCCUUCUUCGUCCUUUUCGUCCAGGGAUAUGCGGACCCAUCUCCGGGCGUGAUCGCACGCCAUUCACGACAUUUUGCUGCAACCAAGCGCUCUCUUUUUGCCAGGCAGGGGGGCGACGGGCAAGAUGGUGACAACACUGGCAAUGCAGAUGACAAUCCCAUUCUCCCUGGUCCUACAAGAACAAGGUCGAGCUCGGUGAACGAGACGCCGAGUUCUACACCGUCUGGUAACAACGGCGCUUCGGCAUCCGCUCCAUCUCCUACUCGCUCGUUCUCACCAAGCCGCCCGGCGCCUUCGAGCACAGUCACUACAACUGAGGCUAGUUCUACGACGUCCUUGAGUGUAUCGUCUUCGUCCACUAUCUCGACUUCUUCGAGCACGAGAGUUAGUUCAACGACCUCUAGGACAUCGUCAAGCACUACCUUUUCAUCGAGUUCGACGACAACGCUGCGAAUCUCGAGUACUCCGAUUUCCACCGCUACUUCGAUUGUCCCUGCCACCAACGUUCAGGGCAAAAUUUCUACGACAUCGUCAUUUAGCGAUGCCGUGCAGACUAGCGCCGAGGCGUCUAGCACUGAUGCGGCUUCUAGCAAAGGUUUUCUCUCAAAUCCCGGGGCAAUGGCAGGGACAUUUACCGCCCUCGGCAUCGUCGCAGUUGCCGGUAUCACUGCCGUUGUCGUUUUCUUACGUAGGAGAAGGCGCAACCAAGAACUUGACAUCUUUGACACAGAGUAUAAGGAAUAUACGUCAAGAAAUGACCUUGGUGGUACUUCCGGAGGCAAUGGCAAUGGCGAUGGCGAUGGUGAUUAUUAUGUCUCUGAUAUGAGCAGCUUAUCUGCGAAUGCUGUUUCCCACGCUGGAGCUCACAACAUGAACAUCGAUUAUUCUGCUGUUGACUAUGGAUUUGGUCCUCCCCCGAAGCCAGGUUCGGGAUCAAACCGUACCUCCGUGGCUAGUAAUCAUGCGGGAUACGGAGCUUUCAGAUCCGCUACUGAGGGACGCAAGCCCCCAAUGCAGAGUUCGGGUUUGCGAUCGGAGACGACAUGGAACUCCGACACCGCAUACACAGAACCCGCCGUUGGUGAAAAUCAAUCCAUAAAUAUGGCGCCGAACGAUUACACAUCCUAUUAUUCUGCUGCUGUUCGUGCACCCGGAAUGGCUCACUAGCUCCCAUUUACCUAUUUAUGAAUGGCAAUCGGUAAUCGAUACUGUCGAUACCACGUCUUUUCACGAUGCUGGUACUUCAUUUGCCCUGACUCGCUCCGAUCCCUGGUGGAACACAGCGGCUGUUCCAUUUAUGCCGUCCAUGUCUAUGCUUUUACUCUAUAACUACCCAACUCCUCUUGACCAAAUUUGUUUGACUCCUUUCAUACGGGUUGUAUGUUUGUGUAUUACGUUGUGGAGAAAGCUUGAGGUGUGUUAUUCUUCUUUAUUCGAUCUGGUCCACGGUUUUGUGAUAUACCCCUUGUUACCUUCGCUUCCUUGCUUAUCGUCGUAGUCACAGUGAUACCCAUUGCUAGCUCGUGCUGUCUCUCUGCUCAACGCCGUAAAUAGCUGGCUUAGGAUACGCAGUUUUUAACCAUGUACUAUUCGACAAGCGAUUUUAUAUAUGUUGUUGUCUUCUU